AUGGCUCUCCCUAUAGCGGCAGCCUUGGCGGGCGGUACUGCAGUGGCUGCGUACCUAGACGCAAAGCUCCAUCUUCGCCAUGAUAUACGCAAUGGGAGUGUUUCGACAGCCACGGCUAAAGCUAUGGAUUUCGUGGCCGAGAAGAUGGCCCAGGACAAGAUGCUUGUCUACCACAUAUUCGAGGACCGGUCCAAGACACCCGAAGGUGACAAUAUGUUCCUCGAAUUCGAGGACCGGAAGUGGACCUACCGCGACUUCUACCAUGCGGUCACCCCAAUCGGCAACUGGCUGCUCAACGACCUCGGUAUCCAAGCAGGCGAGAUUGUGGCUCUAGACGGCGGCAACUCGCCCGAGUAUCUCAUGCUAUGGCUCGCGCUCGAGGCUAUCGGCGCUGCUCCAGCAUUUAUCAAUUGCAACCUGACCGCCGCUCCUUUGAUUCACAGCGUCAAGCUUUGUGACAGCAGAUACCUCAUAACCGAGACUACACAACGUCCUCUGACACAGCCGUGUGAGAACGCCCUAGCCACUGACGGCAUAGAAACGCUGUACUACGACACCGACUUCUUCAAAACCCUCACGGACACCACACCACUCCCAGAAUCCCGGCGGAAGAACAUCGACCCUCAAGCGCUUUCUUGCCUUAUCUACACCUCCGGAACUACCGGCAUGCCCAAGGGCACCAUCCUCAACCGCGCCAAAGAGAUCAAUCUCACGAGGGCGAUGGUUGAUUACCUAGGGCUUCGGCCUGGUAGCCGGAUGUACACCUGCCUUCCUCUGUACCACGGUGCAGCUCAUGGCCUUUGCGUUUGCCCAAUAAUUGGUGGUGGUGGCACAGUAAUCCUCUCCCGCAAGUUCAGCCACAAGACUUUCUGGCCUGAGGUGCGGGCGUCAAAAGCCAACAUCCUCCAGUAUGUCGGUGAGCUGUGCCGAUAUUUGAUCAACGCGCCGCCUUCUCCGCUGGACCGUGAUCAUUGUGUGGAGAUGGCGUGGGGUAACGGCAUGAGACCAGACGUGUGGGAGGUCUUUCGAGAGCGCUUUGGCAUCCAAACCAUCAAUGAGCUUUAUGCCGCGACCGACGGACUGGGCAGCAGCUUCAAUGCCAACCGUGGCCCCUUCUCCAGGAACGCCAUUGGAGUCAGAGGCUGGUUAUGGCAUUACCGCAACGGCCAGAACGAGAAACGAGUCUAUAUCGAUCCUGACAGUCAAGAGAUUCUCAAGAAUGAGCAGGGAUUUGCGACGGAGUGCAAGACCGGUGAUGCAGGGGAGGUAUUGCACAAGAUGGACCCCAAUGCGGCGAUAUCCCCAUUCAGCGGCUACUACAAGAACAAAGCUGCCGGCGACAAGCGAAUCAUUCGGGACGUGUUCCAAAAAGGCGACAUGUGGUUCCGGAGUGGCGACAUGAUGCGGCUUGACUCGAACGGAGUACUGUAUUUCUCGGACCGUCUCGGCGACACUUUCCGGUGGCACAGCGAGAAUGUCUCCACCUCCGAAGUUGCCGACGUGGUCGGCCUCCACCCUUCUAUCGCCGAGAGCAAUGUCUACGGCGUGCUAGUCCCUCACAGUGACGGUCGGGCUGGCUGUGCUGCCGUCGUGCUCACCGAAGACACGACUGUGGAGAAGAUGGACUGGAAGGGCCUAGCGGAGUGGUGUCUCUCUAGAAUGCCACGAUACGCAGUUCCGAUCUGGAUCAGGGUUUCGCAGAGCCUGGAAUACACAGGAACCAUGAAACUGCAGAAGGGUAGACUGAGAGGGGAGGGUGUUGAUCCGGAUGCCAUUCGAAAGGCUGCAGAAGCGAAAGGUGAGGCACCAGACAAAUUGUUCUGGCUGCCGCCUGGGGAACGGGCAUACGUGCCGUUUGGUGAGAAGGAGUGGCAGGAAGUGAAGGGCGGAAGGGUGCGGCUUUAG